CCGGCGCGCGGCUCCGCGGGCGGUUGGCGAGAGCGGGAGCGGGUGAGGUGAAAGCCGGCGCCAUGGUGGAGAAGGAGGAGGCCGGCGGGGGCGGCGGCGGCGGCAUCAGCGAGGAGGAGGCGGCGCAGUACGACCGACAGAUCCGCCUGUGGGGCCUGGAGGCCCAGAAGCGGCUUCGAGCCUCCCGGGUACUAAUUGUUGGCAUGAAAGGACUUGGGGCAGAAAUUGCAAAGAAUCUUAUCCUGGCGGGAGUGAAAGGACUGACCAUGUUGGAUCAUGAACGGGUAUCUCCAGAAGACCCUGGAGUUCAGUUCUUGAUUCAGACUGGGUCUGUGGGCCAAAACAGAGCUGAGGCCUCUUUGGAACGAGCCCAGAAUCUCAACCCCAUGGUGGAUGUAAAGGUGGACACUGAGGACAUAGAGAAGAAGCCGGAGGCCUUCUUUACUCAGUUUGAUGCGGUGUGCCUGACGUGCUGCUCCAGGGACGUCAUUGUUAAAGUCGACCAGAUCUGUCACAGAAACAGCAUCAAGUUCUUCACAGGAGAUGUCUUUGGGUACCAUGGGUACACCUUUGCAAAUCUUGGAGAGCAUGAGUUUGUAGAAGAGAAAACUAAAGUUGCCAAAGUUGGCCAAGGAGUAGAAGAUGGACCUGAUACCAAGAGAGCAAAACUUGAUUCAUCUGAGACAACCAUGGUCAAAAAGAAAGUGCUUUUCUGCCCUGUAAAAGAGGCACUAGAAGUGGAUUGGAGUGGAGAGAAAGCCAAGGCCGCCCUGAAGCGCACCGCCCCAGACUACUUUCUGCUGCAAGUGCUGCUGAAAUUCCGCACAGAUAAAGGGAGAGAUCCUAGUUGUGACAGCUACAGCGAGGAUUCAGAGCUGCUGUUGCAGAUACGAAAUGAUGUGCUUGACUCGCUGGGCGUCACUCCUGACCUACUUCCUGAUGACUUUGUCAGGUACUGCUUCUCUGAGAUGGCCCCGGUAUGUGCUGUGGUUGGAGGGAUCUUGGCACAGGAAAUUGUGAAGGCCUUGUCUCAACGAGAUCCUCCUCACAACAACUUCUUCUUUUUUGAUGGCAUGAAGGGAAGUGGAAUUGUGGAGUGCCUUGGUCCCAAGUGAGCCCAAAAUGUAUGCAGGUCCACUGUGACACCUGUCCUCAUCCCAAGAGGUCCUGUCUGGAUGAUAAGCAGCCGUCAGGGACCUGCCUGCUGGCCCCCUGAGUGUGAUAAUUGCAUAGCGCCCCUCUGGCAUCGCCCCCUGUGCUGUCACUGGGGACUGGCAAUGCUUGGCAAGAGCAUCGUUCUCGGUGAUGUUAGAGCCUCUUGCCACCUUCUGGGCUUACUCCCAUACAUCAACAGGAAGGAGCAGAACUUCAGCAGGGUGUGACGCUCAGAGCCUUUGACGCCCAAUGGAAGUGUACUUCUCACUGAAGGACUGAAAGCAGCCCUCUGUUGAUCCAUCGUCAGGUUAUAGCCUGGAUUUUGGAAGGGAGAGGCUGUCACCCAGUUGUCUUGCAAAGUUACACCUUAGUAGAACUUAAUUUUUUUUUUAUCUUUUGGUUGUGAGCCUAUGAGCCUAACCUUUAAUGGCUGAGUCAUCUUUCAACCUGACCUGCUUAUUUCCAAAAGUUAGGUUCAAUGCCAAGGGCCAUGAUGCAGGCCUGUAAUCCUAGAAAUUGGGGUACAGGGGCAAAAGGGUUGCUGUAAGUUUCAAGGCCAAGCUGGUCUACAUAAUGUACCAAUAACCAGUCUCAAAAUAUAAAAGACAUAUUCCAGGGUCAGGAUGGGGCCACAUCCUUUCCCCGUUCCUCAUGUUGGCCACCCAGGUCUCCUGAGGGGAGGGCCAGGUUGGUUUGAUCUUCCUUUUGGGGCGUGGGCUCAGCUUGUUUUCUCUAGUUUGUAGACUCCCUUGCUUGUUCAGUGAGGAAUAGUAAUAAAAUGACUUUCUCUCAA